AUGAGUGCAACUAGAACCCUCGAGGCCAUCAAGUAUACCCCUGGCAGCCUUUUGAUUCUCGAUCAACUCGCUCUACCCCAUGAGACUAUCUUUGAACCAAUUCUCAACAUCCAAGAUGGUCAUGCUGCCAUCAAGACCAUGAAGACCCGCGGCGCACCUGCUAUUGCCAUUGUAGCUGCCCUCUCGCUUGCUGUCGACGUUGCUACUCGCGCUGCUAAGCAUGAGUUCAAGACUGUCCCUCAGGCUGUGGAGUUUUUAAACUCUUCACUCGAGUAUCUCAAGACAUCCCGUCCUACUGCUGUCAAUCUUUUUGAUGCUGCGCAUAAGCUGUCGGUAGUCAUUCAGGAUUCAGCCAAGAAGGCCACUAGCCCUUCCGAGGUUACUGAUGCUUACAUUAAUGCUGCAGAGAAGAUGUUAGUGGAUGAUGUACAGGACAAUAAGAACAUUGGAAAGCAUGGUGCUGCCUUUAUUGUCGAAAACUGUAAGAAUAAGGAAGACAUUCGUGUCUUGACUCACUGUAACACUGGGUCUUUGGCAACAGCAGGGUGGGGAACUGCACUUGGUAUUAUUCGUGAUCUUCACAAGAACGGCCAAUUGAAACACGCUUACUGCACCGAGACUCGCCCAUACAACCAAGGUUCUCGUUUGACAGCUUAUGAACUUGUAUAUGAAAAUAUCCCUGCUACCCUGAUCUGUGAUUCCAUGGCAUCUGCUUUGUUGCACCAGAACCCCAGUGUACAGGCAAUUGUCGUCGGUGCCGACCGUGUGGCUGCCAACGGAGACACUGCCAAUAAGAUCGGUACUUACCAGCUUGCCAUUACUGCUAAGCACCACAAUAUCCUUUUCAUCGUCGCCGCCCCUUCCACCUCAAUUGACCUGUCAACCAAGAGUGGAAAAGAUAUUGUAAUUGAACAGCGUCCUGCUGAAGAGUUGGUCACAAUUACUGGUUUGUUAGAGGGAAAGAACAUUCCUGCUACUGUGCGUACUGCAGCCCAUGGUGUUGGUGUGUGGAAUCCCAGCUUUGAUGUUACUCCCAGCGAGCUCAUUUCUGCAAUUGUAACUGAGCGUGGUGUUGCAGUCAAGACACCUGGUAAAUCCGAGUUUGACAUGAAAGCUUUCCUCCAAUAAAUCAUUCCAAUGUAAUAGUAAAAGUAACAGUAAUAAUAAUCUAAAUUCGUUUUCUCUUCAUUUCCAAAUGUAAUAAACAAUUUCUUUUUAUCACACAG